AUGCAAGUAGUUAAAAUAAGUAUCUUCUCUUUCGGUCUUGUCUGUGCAGUGAUUGGCGAAUGUACGAUGAUUUUUAUUGUCUCAAUGAUGAUUUGCCGUCGAUCAAUUAUGAAAAUAGAACGUAUCGAUUACUUACUUUUUCUGCAUUUAUACGCCUGUCUUCUGGUCAGUUACCUGCUCUUUAUGGAUAAAUGUGUCUAUUCAAUCAUUGGCCAUAUCUAUCCCCACGUGUCAUACGAUGGAUGGUGGUGCCGCAUAAAAGCCUAUCUGGUUUAUUCGAACGCAGGCAUGUAUUUUUAUACCGUUUUGCUUCAAGCUACCUAUCGAUUUAAUCGCAUAGUUUAUCCAACAAAGAUUAAGCUACAAUCAUUCCGUUUGUAUGUUCUAUUAUCAAUUAUUCAGACGCUUAUGGCUUUCGGCCAAGUAUGUCCGAGUCUAAUUACAGGUGAUAUCGAUUAUUUAGUUAACGACUAUCUCUGCCAAUUUGCUCCAACGAAUGUCAGUGGCUCUUUAUUUAUUUGCUCAGUGGCUUUUCUCUUUCCGUUUACCGUUACUAUAUUGCUAUACAUUUGGACCAUGCAUCAUGUUCGAAAACGAGGUGCUCUGGUCAUUCAUAGUAAUCAACGAGUACGCGUUCGUCGUGAUAUGACUAUAAUGACGCGUUUAGUUGUUCUUCUGACAUUUCUAACUACAGUUGCUGCACCACAUGAUCUCAUUCCGAUUUUUUAUGCUCUGACCGGAUGUAUUCCAUUGUGGACAGUUCCAUUCGAAUGGACGUUGACUAUUUUUGCACUCGUGUCAGUAACUACUGUUCAGCUUGCAACAUCUCCUUAUCUGAAAAGAUUGUUCCGCCGAUCGCCUCGCGUCGAACCGGUUAUAUGGUUUCGUACCCUCCAUGCAAGGAACUUUUUGGAAAUACAAUAA